AUGCUUCCAAAUUAUAACUCUAACACUAUCGUUCUUAUUCCUAAGAACAAUGAGCCUAACACCCUUAACCAUUAUAGGCCUAUUACCCUUGCCAAUUUUAAAUUCAAAAUCAUAUCUAAAAUUAUUACUGACAGAUUAGCAUCUAUUCUUCCUUGCUUGAUUUCCAAUGAACAAAAAGGAUUUAUCUUGGGAAGAAAUAUCAAAGAUAGUAUUUGUUUAACCUUUGAGGCCAUAAACAUCCUUGGAAACAAGAGCUACAGUGGGAAUGUAGCUCUGAAAAUUGAUAAAUCCAAGGCUUUUGAUACUUUAAGCUGGGAUUUUCUUCUUAAGACUCUUAACUGUUUUGGUUUUAGUAGUAAGUUCUGUAAUUGGAUCUCAACUUUGCUGAGUUUAGCCAAUCAUUCCAUUGGGGUUAAUGGCAAGCAGGCUGGAUUCUUUAAAUGCUCUAAUGGAGUGAGACAAGGAGAUCCAUUGUCUCCUCUUCUUUUCUUCCUGGCCGAAGAGGAAUAUGCUUUAAAUUUUGGUCAAAUCUACAACAAAUCCAAAUCCCUCAUAUAUGCUGGUGGAAUGACAUAUGAGAGACAUAAGUCCUUGGCAGACAUGCUGGGAUUUUCUAUGGCUAAUCCCCCCUUUGUUUAUCUUGGGGCUCCUAUCUUUGUAGGAAGACCUAAAGCUAACUACUUCUUUUUUAUUGCAGAUAAGAUCAAGGUGAGACUGGCACAUUGGAAGGCUUCAUCUACAGUCAAACAAAUCAGCAAAUGGAUGAGGAAUUUUUUGUGGAGUGGAAAUUUGGAGCAAAGGAAAAUUGUCACUGUUGCUUGGAAGGAGUGCUGCCAAAGUAUGAAGGAGGGAGGUAUUGGCAUCAAAUCUUUGUACUCUUACAAUCAGGCCACUAAUUUUCACUUGUGCUGGAGUUUUGUGAAAGGAAACCAGAGUUGGAACUCUCUUCUUGCUUCAAGGAUUAAAAGGAAGAAAAAGAUCAUUUCUUACCACAUAAAGUCCUAUAUAUGGACAAGUAUUAAGGACUACUAUGAGACAGUUUUAGAGAAUUCCAAAUGGAUUAUUGGAGAUGGCUCUAAGAUAAACUUUUGGCUGGACACCUGGUUAGAUGAGCCUAUAGCUGCAAAGUUUAAAAUUCCAGUGGAUCUUCAUAAACAUAUAAAGGUGAAGGUUAAAGACUGGUUGGUAGGCAAGGAUUGGUGCAUUCCAAACAAUAUUCUGACUGCAUAUCCUAAUCUCUUGCACUUGAUAUCUAAAAUUAUAAUCCCUGAUAUGGAUAUUGAUGAUUGUAUCAUUUGGAGAGAGACUAGUGAUGGUGACUUGAGCUUGAAGCAAGCUUAUGGUAGAUACGAAAAGAGGAAUCAGGUUGUGCCUUGGGCUAACUUCGUAUGGAAUAAACAUGUGCCUCCAGUUUAUGCUAUUGUGGUUUGGAAAGUGCUUUGCAAUAGGCUGCCAACAGACGAUAAUUUCACAAUUAGAGGUUUCUAUGGCCCUUCCAUUUGCUCUUUGUGUGGUGCUAAUUCUGAUUCCUUACAGCACAUUUUCUUUGACAAUAGCUUUGUUAUCCCAAUAUGGAAAUGGCUUUUGGACAAAUUGCAAUUUGCUGGGGCUGUUUGCAACAUAAAAGAUUGCUUGGAUCUGAUGCAAAUUAACAGGUCGCCACAAGCAAAGGCGGUGAUGUUGUCUACUGUUUGUAGUUUGUUCUAUCAUGUUUAG